AUGAACUUCAAAUUAAUCAACAAUAAGUUUUGGUAUAUUCUUUUAGCAUUUUGUGCAUUUUUAGUUGCUAUGUAUGGACUCACAUUCAGACAAAUUUCAUACUUUUGGUUUUCACCUUUUACAUGGAAUUAACAUUAGGUUCCAGCAAGAAUCCACUUUAUAACAGGUCCAAUAGUAUUAAUUUUAGGUAUAUUUUAGUUUUCUGUCUCCAUGAGGAAGAAAUAUCCUACUUUACACUGCUGGUUAGGCAGAAUUUAUGUGCUUUCUUUGUUGAUUAGUUCUGGCUCUGUUUUUGCAAUUUAUUAAUAUUCUGCCUACGGAACUGUUGUUUAAGUUAGUUUGCUUAUUCUUAACAUUAUUUGGCUGCUCUCUGUUUUAGUUGCUCUUUUUUUUAUCUUAGUAAAAAAAAAUAUUACUCUACACUAGUAUUGGAUGACAAGAAACUAUGCAUUAACAUGCUCUGCUAUUACAUUGAGAAUAAUUUUUGGAGUAUUAUGGGGAAUUCUUGGUGAUUAAGGCACAGCAUAUUAAAUAGCUGUUGCCUCAUGCUAUAUAAUUAAUAUUAUAAUUGGAGAAAUCAUUAUUUACUAAUACAAAAAAUAUUAAAUUUAAUAAAAUGGUUGUUUCAUAGAAAAAUCUUAAGACACAUAGAAUUUAAAAAUAAACAAUUGA